GCGUCUAACAUACUUUUGGACAAUGAGUAUAAUAUGAAGCUCUCGGAUUUUGGGCUGGCCAAGCUUGGGCCCGUUGGGGACAAUAGCCAUGUGCCGAACCGAGUGAUGGGGACAUACGGAUACUCUUUGGAGUGGCUGCUUGAGCUCAUCACGGGCCGCAAGGCCAUCGACUUUAGCAAAAAGCCCGGCGAGCAGAAUCUUGUCGUGUGGUCACCGCCAUUGAUAAAGGACCGGAAGAACUUUUUGAAGAUGGGUGACCCACUGUUCGAAGUGAAUUUCUCGGUGAAGAGCCUUCGCCACGCGGUUGUCAUUGCCUCGAUGUGCCUUCAAGAGCAAGCGAGUGCACAGCCCGCCAUAAGUGAUGCGGCGACCACGCUCGACUACUUGGCUUCACAAGCGGAUGACUCUUGUAAAAGCCGGUCACAGAAUGUGGCCAACUCACAAUCCUCGCCUCAAUUGGAUAUUCCCUAA